AAAAAAUUUGGGGGGCUCGUCUUGUUUCGAGGUCCUGGAAGAUGUUCUGUAAGUCUAAGGGUAGAAAAGAAAUAGUUUUUGCCAAAGAUAUCCACAUUAGAUGGAAUAGUACAUACAAAUUGAUUCACCAGAUUCUAAAAUAUAAAGAGGAACUUGCUGAAUUUUUUAGGAAUGAACUUCUUAUAAUCAUUGAUCCUUUUGAAUUUGUUAUUGGGUUAUACGGCACUGUACAAGAAGAAGCAGCACCACCUCCGCCUCCGAAAUCAAAAAAAGGUUUUGCCGGAAUAGUCGGUGGUCUUCUUGCAAAGAAAGGGAAGCGUGCUCAUUCUUCGAUGAGUUCAAGUGGUACAACAGUAAGCUCGCACAACGAACUUGCUAUGUACCAGGGUGUGCCAUGCGAUUACGACGACGACGACGUGGAUUUUGAUGUGCUCGGAUGGUGGAAGCGGAACGAACACAUGUUCCCAUGUCUCGGCAUGCUAGCAAGACAAGUGUUAUCCGUUCCGGUAUCAACCGUAGCAGUUGAACGAGAAUUCAGUGCUAGCGGCAACAUUCUAACCGACUUUCGAAGUUGUCUUAGCGCUGAAUCUCUUGAAACACUGGUUUGCAACCAAGAUUGGCUCUUGGCAAGACGUCGAGCUCAAGAGUCAUCGUACCUACUCGAAUCGGAGCAUUACAUGAAUGCAACAACAGAUGGAAGUCCGAGUUCUGAAGAAUAAGUUACAAUUUUUUUAUGUUAAUGUAGAUAUGUAAUUAGUUUUUUUAGGUGAGCGAUAUAUAAGCUCCUUCGAGGGUUUCUUUACGGUUCUUUACCUCGUCGCUUUUUUUGAACCGUCAGGAUAUUAAAUGUGGUUGUUCUUC